AUGACAAUCAAACUUCCUAAAAAUCUUGUUUAUAUUGGAGACAGUGCAUUCAAGUAUACGCAUUUCCAUCAUAUUACAAUUCCAGAGAGCGUAACAUAUAUCGGCUCUUCAGCAUUUAGUUUUAGCGCAUUAGAAAAUAUCAUAAUUCCUUCAAAAGUAAAAGAUCUUAGAACAAUGUGCUUUGAUGAUUCAAGUAAUCUCAGAUCUGUAACUAUUCUUGCAAGCAUAGAUGCCAUUGAAGAUUAUUCGUUUUCUAAUUGCUUUAUGCUUACAGAAUUAACUCUUCCCAAUUCAAUUCUGAGAAUUGGUCUUGGCGCAUUUUCAGAUUGCAAACGUCUCAAAAAUAUCAAACUUCCUGAAUAA